AAAGCAGUUUUGUAAGCAGCAAGGACAGGGGAUUGCUGGUGUUCCAGAGUUCAAAAUCCCAAACACACACAUGCAGCUCUAUAAAGUUCAAGUGUUUUUCUCUGCUUAGAAAAGCAAUGGGGAUUUCAAACUUCUAGAAUUUACAUCUAGCCUUGCCCUGUGUGUGAGCUCAGACCUGGCCCCCUCAGGUGGAGGUGUCCCCAUGGUUCCUGCUGCUGCUCACUGCAUGAACAGGAAUAAUUAGUUUUUUUUUCUUUUUAGGUUAUUUUCAGCAGGUCAUUUUUUGAUACAGCUCACCCCACAGCUCUGCUGCCAGCUUUGGGAGGUGGUGGAAUUCCUGGAGCAGGGCCAGGCAGGGCAUGGAGCUGCCCCUUUCAGAGUCAGCCUGUGUUUGAAUUAGAUUGACACAACUACAAACCCACAGCUACAGAAAAAUCAGAUAACAAUGUACGUGUGUCCAUGAAACAAGAUGGAGAGAAGAUAGUACAGUGAGGUGGUGGCCUUGUGGACAGCAUGGCUUUCCUGGACAACCCAACCAUUAUCCUGGCUCACAUUCGGCAGUCACACGUGACCAGUGAUGACACAGGGAUGUGUGAGAUGGUCCUCAUCGACCACGACGUGGACCUGGAGAAGUUCAACCCCUCCUCAGCAUAUGGGGACAGUGGGGCAGAGCCCCAGGGGAGCAAUGGGGACACUCAGGGCUAUGUAUAUUCCCAAUCAGUCGAUAUUACCUCAAGCUGGGACUUUGGGAUCAGAAGACGAUCAAACACAGCUCAGAGACUAGAACGUCUGCGGAAAGAGAGACAAAAUCAAAUAAAAUGCAAAAACGUUCAGUGGAAAGACAGAAAUACUUCUUGCUCAGCAGAGGAGCUGAGCUCACUGUUUGAAAAGAAGAAUUUUAGGGUGAAGUCCCCAUGUUCUGGGAAGCAGUCCAUCCUCUCUGUGCGACUGGAGCAGUGUCCACUGCAGCUCAACAACCCCUUCAAUGAGUACUCCAAGUUUGAUGGCAAGGGCCAUGUUGGUACAACAGCAACCAAAAAAAUUGAUGUCUACCUCCCCCUGCACACAAGCCAGGACAAGCUGCAGCCCAUGACCGUGGUGACCAUCGCCAACGCCAAGGUGCACGACCUGAUCGGGCUCAUCUGCUGGCAGUAUACAAGUGAGGGACGGGAACCCAAGCUGAAUGACAAUGUCAAUGCCUACUGCCUGCACAUCGCCGAGGACGACGGCGAGGUCGACACCGACUUUCCACCCCUGGACUCCAACGAGCCCAUUCACAAGUUUGGCUUCAGCACCCUGGCCCUGGUGGAAAAGUACUCAUCCCCAGGGCUGGCAGCCAAGCAGUCGCUCUUCGUGCGCAUAAAUGCUGCUCAUGGAUUCUCACUUAUUCAGGUGGACAGUAUGAAGGUCACCAUGAAGGAUAUCUUACAAAAGGCCUUAAAGAGAAGGAAGGGAUCACAGAGAGGCUCAGGUUCAAGAGGAGAAGAGGUGUCAGAGGAGGAUCCCCAGAUCGAUAUUGCCACGGUCCAGGACAUGCUCAGCAGCCACCACUACAAGUCCUUCAAAGUCAGCAUGAUCCACCGGCUGCGGUUCACCACGGACGUGCAGUUAGGUAUUUCUGGAGACAAGGUAGAGAUAGACCCUGUUACUAAUCAGAAGGCCAGCACUAAGUUUUGGAUUAAGCAGAAACCCAUUUCAAUCGAUUCUGAACUCCUCUGUGCCUGUGACCUUGCGGAAGAAAAAAGCCCAAGUCAUGCAAUAUUUAAACUUACAUAUCUAAGCAAUCAUGACUACAAACACCUUUACUUUGAAUCAGAUGCUGCUACUGUCAAUGAAAUUGUACUGAAGGUGAACUAUAUUCUAGAGUCGCGAGCAAGCACAGCCAGAGCAGAUUAUUUUGCUCAGAAACAAAGAAAACUGAGCAGGAGAACAAGCUUUAGCUUCCAGAAGGAGAAGAAGUCGGGCCAGCAGUGAGGCCGAGGCUCCAGGAGAGGCUGUGUGCUGCUCCCCGCCCGCACCGCGCUGGCAGCCAGGACUGUGCUGCCCCUGCUGCCCGGGGCCGGCAAGGAAAGGAAUCUGAAUUAUCCCGUCUCUCGCGGCUGGAAGAUCAUCCCUCGUCGGGGAUGGGAAGUCUCCCCUGUGACAGAAAUAAAGAGCCAUAUCAGCCGGAAAGAAGACUGUUACGCUUCAGGUUCCUUUGAUUAGAAAUAAGAGAAUGACGUAGACUGGCAUCAUUUAAUUACUGUAUUAUGUACAAUCACAAGAAGAGAUGUGAUUACAUAUUAUUUCACAGCCUGGUUAAAAUAAAUUAUAUACAUCUGUAAUCCACCCACGUACACGCAGGUAUUGCUUGUGACAUGAUCAAAUUUCUAAAAACAAAAUGUAGGACAAAUGUAUCCAUUUUUACUAUUAAUAAACAGAUGUAAUCUUUUUCAAGGUC